AUGAAGGUCGGCGACUUCAACACUCUGAUCACCCGUGCCCUGCGCGGCAACCAGUUCGCCAAUGUCCCGAUCAUCAUGCAGGACAUGCAAGAACGCGGGGUCCUACCGAACGUCACCACCUUCAUAGCCAUGAUUGACGUCAACAUCAAGAUGAGCAAGCUCACAGAGGCAAGGAAGGAAUCGAUCGAGAUCCUCAAGAACAUAAUCAACGGCGAGAUCCUCCCAAACCGCAUCUCUCUCCUGUCAGCAAGUAUGGGCGAGAUUGAAUCUGACGGAUUGAUGGUCAUCCGCGAGACCAUGGCCGCAUUGGGACUCCAGCCCGACCAAAUCAAUCCGGAUGCCUUGACCUACUCGGUCGUGAUCUCUGUAUAUCCUCAGAACGGUGACCUGCGCUACGUGAUGGAAUGGUACUACACGAUGCUCGAUGGAGGAUUCAAGCCAGCGCCUUUUAUGAUGAACAAUUUGAUGUCGGCUCUCCAUGGAUCGGGACAAGGCAUGCAGAUUCUAGCACUCUAG